AUGGCCAGCCGAGACGGGAAGACGCCGAAUGCCGAGGCCUGCUUGAUUCCGCCCGCCGCCCAAACGCAAAUUCACGUUAAUUGGGGGUCGUCAACAGGUGGUAAUGGCAAUUCCUCGAAAAUUCCGAUGAAAGUGUCUGUUGGAUGUGAAAACUUUUCCCAGCAUAAGGGCGUCGAUUUCGGAUGCUACCACGACCAUAGAAAAUUAGAAAAACCAAACAUGGAUCUCAAGAAUUGUAAAUUAAAGUAUCUGAAUAUUAAGAAACACAUAAUAAUUACUACCACCUGUGGCUGUAAGCUAAUCAGUUUAAGCUUGAUCUCAAAUACCUUUCCUAUUCAUUACUAG